AUGGUGAAGAACAAAGCGUCAGGGGAAUUGUACGGUGAUGAUUUGAAGGAAAAUGUGGUACAUCGAGAGAUGAACUCACAUGUGCAGAAUUCUAUCAGUACUCUUCAAGACUCUAAAGUAAACAUUAAUAAUGAAAAAUUUACGUCGAGCAAUAACAACAAGGCCAACGAUGACGAUGACGAUGACGAUGACGACGACGACGACGGGGACGACGACUAUGACAUUUGCGAUAACAGCUAUGAAGACCUCGAAAACAAUAAAGUCUGUAAACCUUCUUCUCCCCCUCCAUUGUGUUAA